UUGUUCCUACCAUUCAGUUUUUUUUCUCGCCAGUUCACUCACCACAUGACAGCGCGUAGUGGUCGACUGCGGCCAAAUAGUGUUGUUCUUCGCAAAACAAUAGAUUAAUUUCUCACAAGUGAAUGAAACAGGUGUGCAAUGCUGUGUCAUAUAUUUUGCAGUGACUGUCUUGAAAUUAAUACAAACUUUUAUUGAAGUGUUUUAAGAAUUUAACGUUGUUUUUCCGUUAAAUUAAUUUCGGAAGUGUGACAAAGUAGAAACUUUCUCGUGUUAUCAAAUUUUGCGGUGUUUUGUGUGAACAGCGGUUCUAAAAUGAACUGUAUUUACUAUUGCUGUUAGUGUUUCACUGUAAUCCAUCAAGAUGACUACAGACAGGUUCCAUAAGGCGGCGAAAGACGGCCUGCUCGAGGUGCUGCGCGAGGCGACGCGCAAGGAAUGCAACAACAAAGACGAAUCCGGGAUGACGCCUACUCUGUGGGCCGCUUUCGAGGGCCACGUCGAGGCGCUGCGGCUGCUCUGCGGCCGAGGGGGUGAACCCGACAAAGCAGACUACUUCGGGAACACGGCACUGCACCUCGCUUCAGCGCGGGGUCACAAAGAAUGCGUCACAUUCCUGGUGAACUUCGGGGCAAAUGUGUACACGAUGGAUGUGGACGGCCACACGGCUCAGGAGCUCGCCGCUAUCAACGGGAGGGAUGAUAUACUGCGGUUCCUGGAUCAGGCCACUGCUAAGUUGGAGAAUAAUGAUAAAAAAAAGGCGAAAUCUAUGAAAGAGAAAGCCAAGAAAGACCACGAAAAAUCUCAUAAACAAUACCAGAAGCGACAAAGCAAAGCUGAGAUAAUGGCUGAAAAAGAAUUAAAGAAGCUGGCAAAGGAGUGGGACCAGGGGUACAACGAGGACGUGUCCACGAUGCCGCACAGGCCCAGCACCGUGCUCAUGGCCCUGAAGCAGAAGAUGACCAGGUCAUCUAGCCAGGGUAACUUACUCGCUGACGAGCAGCCCCGGCCGACAUAUAGUGCUCUAGUUGGAACAGUAAACUCUGGCGCCCGCGGGCGCGGCGCCGUCUACAAGAAGGCUUUAGCAAGCAAGAUGAAGAACGGCACAGUAGGUCGUGCUGGGCCGACUGAUGAUUUCAAGGUUGGCGAGGUGGAGCACGGCGGCCGUCGGUCCGUGACGUCACUGAGCGGCGUGAGGCGCGAUUCUGAGGUCAUGUACGUGGGUACCUUCGGCGCCGGCCCUCAGGCUCGCGGCGAACUCAACAACGUGUUCAAACAACAGGCACCGGCGGAGCGACAACCACUCACUAGAUCGUUGAGCCAGCCUGAUUUCACGGCGGCACAAGGCGAGGACAGCGGAAUCGGACAAGAGGUGCUACUACAGGAACCCGCCAGUAUAUUCGACCGGCCUGGCUUCGGGAGCGUCGCUUUCCGACGAUCAAUAACGGCAACGCUGGGGGCACUGCCCGCGGGCGGUGCACCAGGCGAAGACAUGUCCAUCGGCUCCGCGGGCUCGCUGGCCGCGCGCCACGCCUACCAGCCCGCUGAAUGGAACUCCGCGCAAUCUGAGAGCUCAACAAUAACGUCCGAUGAAGAAGGCGAGGCAGAAGACUCUGGCUACGCAUCGCUCGAGCGUUUCCUCACGGCAUGGGGCCUCGCUCAAUACGUUCAGAAGUUCAAAGACGAGCAGAUUGAUCUAGACGCUCUAAUGCUGUUGACGGAGAGCGACAUGAAGUCGCUGGGCCUGCCACUCGGGCCUUAUAGGAAACUGGUUACCGCUGUGCAGGAGAGGAAACAGGCGUUGAGCAAUCCGGGGGUUAUUGUUGAUUCUGCUAUAUAAAAAGGUGACAGUCCAUUUUCAACGACAGCUGCACUACCGUUGCGACGUUACUGUCAUUCAUUUUACUAUGGAAAUUGACAAUAACAUCGACGUGUCGGAGCAAUAGGUAAUGCAGCUGCGGUCAGAAAUAACAUGUUACACUACUGAGUGUAACCAACGACACCAACGUUACACUUCAACCAUAUUAACAUAUAUGUUUCUUUUAAACUAUUAUUUCCAUGAUUCUUUGUUACUGUCAUCAGGCCAAUUGAUGCGUCUUUUCACAUUCACAUGUUUACCAAGUUGAGAUUUAUGAGAAUGACCUAUGUAAUUCUCGUAAAGACAAGAUAAAGUUCUCGUUUUUAUUAUCUGAAUUUAUAAUGCUUUAUUCUGUCUUUAUUACGUCCCAUUACAGGUUCUCGAGGGUACACAUCCAUCCUAUCAUCAUACUAUGAAAAUGUAAAUUAAUGGAAAUGCUUGAAUUUUAAAAGGAACCAUUUUGUUGACAAUUGAAAUUAUUUUUUUCAAUUUUUGCACCUUUUUCGUGUUUCAUGCGUAGAUGCUUUCCAAUUUGUACUUAUAGUGUUUAAUGAAAUAUACCUACAUAUUAGGUACCUAACUAUAGGUAAUUGUCACAAUCAUUACCAUGCUUUUACACCGUGGCUUUUAGGUAAGUACCUACUUAUUGCAACAACAUAUUUUUUUUAUCACUAACGCCGGUAUCUAUAUUAGUGAUGUAUGAAGUCGUGGUACUGAUUGAGAUUUUCUUAUUAUGAAAAAAAAGUAUGUCUAAAGUGUGAUAAGAACCACAAUAAUCAUG